AUGUCAAAGGGGCUCCGCGCUUUGUGCGCACAGUGUCAGCAGCCACUCAAUAGCGCGACGGUGGCAAGUGGCUGCAACCACUUGUUUCACAAGGUUUGUCUCAUUGAGGGUGCCGGCUGCGGGCGGUGUGGAGCAACACUGCGUCCCACCGACUGUUUGAGCCUUUACAACUUGUGCUGCCAAGAGGAUCAUGAGGACGUUUCUGAUAUUAUGGCUGCCGCGGCACGAAUCAGAGCGUCACUUGAAGGUCUCGAUGAUGUGGACGAGGCCAUCUUCGACAAUAGCUUCUUUCAGGCGCAGGGUGCAUCUGAAGUAGAGGAGGUGGCCUUGCUGUGCCUCAUGCGUGAAAGAAUUGGCUCCAGAAGAGUGGAACUUGAAGAUGAGAGGACCCAGCUUUGCACAGCGCGCGAGCGAUUGGAAGUUCAACAGAGGAAGCUGCGGGCACAACAGAGCUGCAAGCGCAAGCGGGAGGAAGAGGCUCUCAAGCUCAAGAAGGAGAUUCGGAGUUUGGUUGAACAGCACGAUCAAAUUUCAGGGGAGUUGAACCAGGUUAGGCAGCGCGAUGCCAUUCUGGAAUAUUGGGAGGCUCUACGCCAUGGCAAGGAUGAUGAAGCUUUGCAAAAGCUCAUUAAGUUAGUUGGACUUGUGUCACACCCCUGGAAGAUGCUGUCGCAUGUCGCGCGCUUGCGGGACCAUUUCAGGAAGCAACGUGACCACCACGACCGGGAUCGGGCGCUCGCAGACCAGCGAGAGAAGCGUGCCAAGCGCGAGAUUGCUGAGCUUGAAAGGACCUUGAAAGACCUCAAGGAGCAACAGCACAAGUGA